AUGUCGCAUACACCUUCAGUUUCAUGCGAAAGCAGGCAUCCGAUCAAGAAAUCAGAGCUCACGCCGGCUACUGGUGGCAACACGAUGCAGGACUACUUUGUGAGGCAGCUUCGGAACUAUGGCGACGUAGGUUUUAAAUUGUUUUGGGGUUUUGUUAGCUAAAAUUUGAGGAUUUUAACAAGAAAUAUGGUUUUAGUGAAAACUUUUCUCUGAUGCUUACCUAAAUUUAUGGGUAAAGGCAUAAUAUUAUUUUGACUUUAAAAAUUUCAAAUUCGGGGUUUUUAUUUAAAAUACGUAUAAUUAUUGUCCUUUUAAUUAUAGAAAUAAUACAAAACAACGUUAACUUUUUGUUUUAAUACCUAAUUAAACCAAAAUUUUACAUGAAAAUCAACAUAAUGUUUAUUUAUAUAAUAAUUAUAUUAUGAUAGUUCUAAUGGAAGCUAAUUUCAGAAGAAGACCAAACAAGAAUUCAGAAAAGCCACGAUUCCAGUAACUCCAAAGUUCGCCACCAACAGAAUCAGUCGCCGAACCGAUGAAUUUGCUGAAAGGCCUACGAUCUCAGCUGAUGACCGUGAACGAUCCAUGUCCUCAUCCGUGUCAAUACCAUCACAGAACACGACAACCGCCAGCUCGGAUGCUUAA